CACGCACACAAAGACACACACACACACACACACCAGAGCAUCACAAUGCUAAUCAGAGACAGCAACCUCCUCCGCGCACCCCUCCCUCUCUCCUCUUCUUUUCUCACUCACACACACAUUCAAAGACACUCGGCUGGGGCGAACGCCAAGGCUCCACUUCAAGUUGUGGAUGCUAUUAGCCUAUAUCUUUAUAUUCACUUUUUUUUCAUUUAGAGUAAAAGAGUAAAAUUCGAAAAUGAUUAUUUACAGAAUAAUAUAUAUUUAAACGUAAUGAUUUUCUAACUGAAACCCAUGGAGUGCGCAUUUUUGUAGUAUAAUCCGUCGCUCAGAUGGACCUCCGAGGCUCGAAGAGACGGCUUGGGGGGAUAUGGCAGGUGACAUGCCUAGCUCUCGUCGUAUGUGUCCUGGAUUUAGUUUGGGCUCAGAUUCGUUAUUCAAUCCCUGAGGAACUGGAACAUGGCGCUUUUGUUGGAAAUAUAGCCGAGGAUUUGGGUUUAGACGUCGAGAGACUCUCUGCGCGCAGGUUCAGGAUAGUUUCAGGCGCAAAAAAGCAAUACUUGGAGGUGAAUUUAGAAAAUGGUAUUUUAUUUGUAAACGAAAUAAUUGAUCGAGAGGAACUAUGUGAACAGAGUCUGUCUUGCUCUUUCCAUUUGCAAGUGGUAAUCGAAAACCCAUUGGAACUGUACAGGGUUGAGGUGGAGAUUUUAGAUGUGAACGAUAACUCACCCAGUUUUCCGUGGAGUGAGUUUAAUUUGGAUAUAUCCGAGUCGGCGGUACCCGGGUCCCGCUUCCCACUAGAGAGCGCGCAGGACUUGGACGUUGGCAGCAACUCGCUCCGCUCUUAUCUGCUGAGUGUGAAUGAACAUUUUGUCCUGGAUAUCCAGACGCGUAGUGAUGGCAGUAAGUUUGCGGAGUUGGUCCUGGAGAGCCCCUUGGACAGAGAGCAGCAGAAUACGCACCAAAUGGUGCUGACGGCUGUGGAUGGAGGCUCGCCAGAGAGAUCCGGGACAGCGCAGAUCAAUAUAACAGUUCUGGAUGCAAAUGACAAUGCGCCCGUGUUCGACCAGUCUUUCUACAGAGUGAGGCUUGUGGAAAACGCACCGAAGGGCACCGUUGUGAUAAAACUAAACGCAUCGGAUUUGGAUGAGGGUCCUAAUGCGGAUAUCACAUACUCUUUCAGCGGGCAUGCUCCCAUAAAAGUGCGCGAGCUUUUCAGUGUGGAUUCGCGCACUGGAGAGAUCAGAGUGAAAGGGGUCGUAGAUUAUGAAAAGGCCAGGAUGCAUGAGAUAUAUGUGCAAGCCAAGGACAAGGGCCCAUCGGCAGUGGCCGUGCACUGUAAAGUUCUGGUCAAUAUCUUAGAUGUGAACGACAACCUCCCGGAGGUAAUCUUGACAUCAGUGUCCACACCUGUCCAAGAGGACGCACCACCGGGGACUGUGAUAGCUGUCAUCAGCGUCAUGGACAAAGACUCAGGUGAAAAUGGGAAUGUUGACUGUGAAAUUCCACAUCAUGUCCCCUUCCAGCUCCACUCCUCUUUUAAGAACUAUUACACUUUGGUUACUUGUGAUUUUUUGGACAGAGAGACGGUGCCAGAGUACAACAUCACUCUCACAGCAAGAGAUAUGGGUGCACCUCCCUUGUUCACAAGGAAAACUAUUUUAGUUCAAGUGUCAGACAUGAACGACAACACACCUCGAUUCAAGCAGCCAUCAUACACCGUCUAUUUGACAGAGAAUAACGCACCAGGAGCCUCAAUUUGCUCGGUUACUGCCCUGGAUCCAGAUUCAGACCAAAAUGCCUAUCUCUCUUACUCUAUUCUGGAAGGUGAUAUACAGGGGAUGCCCGUGUCCACCUACGUCUCCAUAAACUCAGACAACGGGAAUAUUUACGCAUUGCGUUCUUUUGACCAUGAGCAGCUAAGAAACUUUCAGAUUUUGGUCCAAGCACAAGAUGCCGGGUUUCCACCCCUGAGAACCAAUGUUACCGUAAAUGUCUUUAUUUUGGACCAAAAUGACAAUGCACCAGUCAUAGUAGCACCUCUACCCCAAAACGGCACCGCGGCGACGGAAGUGGUGCCCAGGUCAGUUGAUGCUGGCUAUCUUGUGGCAAAAAUUACUGCGACGGACGCAGACGCAGGUCAAAACUCGCGUCUGUUCUACCAGGUGCUCCAGGCAAACGACCCGAGCCUGUUUAGCGUCGCAUUGUACACGGGCGAAAUUAGGACGAUUCGCCGAUUUGUGGAAAAAGACCCCAUAAGGCAAAUGCUGGUCAUUCUGGUCAAGGACAACGGUCAGCCACCCCUUUCGGCCACAGUUUCCAUCAUCCUGUCAGUUGUUGACAACGUGCCAGAAUCGCUGCCUGAUUUCGGCGACCUCACACUGAGCCCCCAGUACCGCUCGAACCUCACGCUGUACUUAAUAGUGUCUCUGGGCGUUAUCUCGUUCACGUUUCUGGUGGCUAUUAUCGUCCUGGCAGCGAUAAAGGGAUACAGGGACAGACAUUCCAUUCGGAGGUAUAACUUCUCUCUGAGUGCAUGCUGCAGGUUCCGAUCAGAGGAGUCGACCACUGAUGUGUUCAAGAAGUCCAACUUGAACGUGCAUAUAACCACAGGUACCAAAGGAUCCACGAACUGCGUUGAGGCAAAUGGCAACGGCCCCCUUUCUCAGCCAUACUGCUACAAGAUGUGUCUGACCCCGGAAUCAUCCAAGAGCGAUUUCAUGUUCCUAAAGUCAUGCAGUCCGAUGAAUGCGACUCCACAGAAGAAUAAUGCCAAGGGCGCAGACUACCCCAAAUCGGGUUGGAGCGCACAGGACUCCCGCAGCCUGAUAGUGAACAACGGACCAACUAUUCCGAACGAGCUCAAGCAAGCGAAGAUGGACUGGACAUUGACGAAAAAUCAACGAAAUUCAGCACACAAAAGCUUUAGCUCCAUGGAGAGGACCUUCCCACGUAGACCCAGGCCGGACCCUGAUGGUUUCUCCUGCCCGGUGGCACCACAGUACUAUACCUGGGGUAGUCAUAUGCGUGCAGAAUACAAGAUGUCCUCUCAGGUCGAAGGGAUUGGAGGGGUAGGAAGUGUUGGAAGUGUUGGAAGGGUUCCAAACCGUUUGUGGACUCCGAGCUCCACCCAGCCUCCAUCUGCACAGCCACCACCUGACUACCAGCACAACGUCUACAUCCCUGGCACUCCGUCUGGGUACUGCACUCUGAAGCCUGCACCCCGGGGGGAACUGGAUGUCUACAACUCAUUCUCCACGUUUGGAAAGAAGAAGAGGUUCAUCUCUAGCUAUGACCCGAGCUUUGACCAGAGAGAGGACAACCUGAUAAACAAUGACCUUUUUAAAUGAAUAUAUUAGAAGAGACUGUGCAUACAAUUGAAUACACAUUUCCGUGGAUGUUCAUUAACUAUUAAUAUAAUCAACCCAUAUAGUAUAAACCUCUGUGCACAAGGAACAUGUAAAUAGUUUAGUAUGUUUGAAGCCAUGCUUCGAACACAUAACGUAAUACUUUACAGCAUAGUCUUUUCUCUCAAUACAGCAGUGUCAUAAUUCUAUCUCUUUUCAUUCAUAUCAUGUACCGUCCUAGUUGAUAAUGAUGAUGAGAUUGUGCAGAUACGAGGGCAAUUAUAGCCACUUGUGGGGAUAAUGGGGAAAAUGAUCUGAGGAUAUCUGUUCCCAGCAGUUAUGGCAAAGUCUCCAAAUGCCUUGAGGGUUGCGUUGUGAAGAUUCUGCACGGCAUUCUGUUAGGCAGUAAUUUACAAGCAUGUAUAUUAUAUUGUUGUACUUUAUACCUUCAUGUUUGACCCGUUUGGCUUCUUAAACAUGUUUAUAUGUAUAAAAUCUGAUCUUACUGCUGAUUUAUUUUAAUCAAUGUGGGUUAGGACGGGUGGACUGGAGGACACGCAGAGCUCAGAGCUCACGUUUGGCUACGGGACAUACAAUGUAGUUGUGGCCAUAUAAAUACAAUCUAGAUUCAAGAAUGUAGAUUCUAUUUCUAUGGUUGGAGCCAUGUCUGUGGAAGGUGGUGCUGACUUGACGUAGACAAUCGCUGUGACGUUGACGUCACAUUAUGAUUAUUGCGUCAAAAGUUGAAUUCUUGUCUGUCUGUUGCUCUGUUGUUGCUUUUGCAGUGCGACUUCUACAGUGAGAUCGAGGCCAUCUCAAGUUCUGUUUUUGAGGUGCUGCUGAUUAUGACAACUUGCAGGGGAGUUUUAUCACAGUACUCAAAAUGAAAGGAAGCCCAUUCUACAGCUGGAGGACCUGCCGUGAUGUCCUCAUUCUGGGGUAGUCAGCUGGAGAAUGUUCAAAGAAGUUAAGAGCGACACCAACACCCCUCCUUCAACCACUGGGAUUCAACAGUUACCUCUGGGGGGCAGCUCCUCCAACCCUCUGCCCUCCUCGAACCGACCACACCUGUAGACUGUAGACUACCUUCAUAAUUUUCCAUCAAGCAUGAAUCUGCAUGGCUACAUCGACAGGUACUUGCAUUUAGAAAAUAUCCUAAAGAAGAAAGGAACUUCAAACAUGAGGUCUUAAUGCAUAGCACCCUCUGUUAGCAUGGGAGCAGGCCCUCAAUAUCUUCCAAAAUCCUACCUUACCUCUCCAGGAAAAACAUGACACAAAAGGGAUAUUCUGUCGUGUCCUUGUGAGGGUACCUCAUUGUGAUGUCAUAAUGCGUUAUUGGGGUGUGUGUGAGAGGUCACAAUCAAAGAACAACAAAAAAAACAUGUACAAGAGAAUGAUGUUGCCAAUGCCUUCCCUAACUCAUUUAGCUGGUGAAAUAACAAUCUCAGUUCAUCUGUGAAUGUGUAGUGUGCACACUGUAGGUAAGAACUUUUGUUUAUUUUGAUUAGAAAUAAGACUAACAUUUUUCAUAAUUUUGGCUUUCUAGACCUUGUUUUUGGCUCCGGACAUCAGCCUAUAGUAUGGAAUUAUUCAUUUCCUGAUACAUGGUGUUGGAUGUGCAUGUUGAGUUGCUACUAUAAAAUAGAUCAAUACCUGAUACCUGUCAUCCAAUAAGCCAGGUAGGAGAGAAGUACCCCAUGUUGCUCUACUUCACAUUGCAGACAGAGUUAAUAUAUUCUCACAGUUCAAAUAUUCAUGAGCACAUUUGACAGUGGCACUAUAUUUAGAAUAUUUUGAUGAUAGACAUUUCCUUCUCAGCAUAUCUAUAUAAAGCACAGACUACAAUCCAUUUUUAGUGUGAGAUCAUGUCCAAGGAAAUACUCAGGACAGUGACACACCAGGAUUUAGCUCCUACCUGCCUAAACAUUGCAAUAUGACGGUCAACCUAGAAAACACUGUAUGUAGGAUAGUUGUAGCACUAAAGGGCUUCACUUUACAACAACUUAUCAUAUCUCCAUCUGAGUUUUGUCAACUUCCCUGUGCAGGCCUCUGCCCGGUUCCGAUAACUAACACUUUCCCUGCGCUGUGAACAACCCUCAGAGAAUCAGCUAAAGGAGAAAUCAACGUAAAACAGGAGGCUUACGGGAGGAAACCAUGUGUACUUUAAAUGAGAAAUGUUACUAUAUUCACUUAAGAAGUAUGACUUUUGAAAGUAUUUAUCAUUGUAUAUUCAAAAUGUAUUGUAUGUUUGGCAUGAUACAAUACAAUACUCCGGACAUGUUUUUAAAGUUUACAAUGUUUUAUGAAUUUGUAUGUUUUUUUAAAAAAAUAUUUUGACCUAACAAUUCUUAAUGCUACUUUUUGUGACUUAUUCAAGUGCAUUGUGUAGUCUACUGUAUUAUAUUUGUAGUGCAAUAAUACAGCGUUCAAUUAUUUUAUCUGAUACAGUGUACAGACAGACAAUCUAAAUUAUUUUAUGACAUUUGAAUGGAGUACUCCACUGCUUAAGCAUUUCACCAAAAUGUAAUUUUCAGUGUAUCAAAGUGUUCAUUGACAUAGAGCAGCUGUUCUCCCAGCAAGACCAUGAAGUGCAAAGAUUUAAUGCAAGGCGUUAGGUCUUAGAAAUGAGAAACUAGAGCAGACAGCGGUGUGUCCACGUGACAAUAUGGAGGGAAAGGCCCAAAUAAGGAGAGAGAGAUAAGUAGAGAGAAACUGUGAAGACGAGCGUGAGACAGAAAUACUAUGCUACUAAUACUAUUCUAUUCCUUUGACGUUAGUGCAUGACCUUAUAGGCCGAACACUCACAAUCCAUCCAAUCUUGUUUGAAAUGCAAUACUGUACUUAAAUACUACUGUAUAUAUCUCCAUCAUAUAGGUUGCAUGGGAACACACUAAGCUCUUCCUAUAGGCAGUUAUUUGCACUGAAUCCAGACCUGGCUGCACUACUCAUCUACCACAAACUGCAGUGCAGCUGUAGUUCUAAUCUAUGUUCUAAUCAAUGUUCCAGUUCUCUCUUGAUCUCUUUUCCCUUGUUAAAGCUCUCUGUGUGCAUCACGACCUCACCUCCCCUCACACUGUGAGGUCACUGUGUGGGGGAGGUGCUACACUAAUUAUGGUACACAUGUGGGCUCUGCCUACUCUGCCCGUAGGGAGGAACUACUGCCUGAGCAUUGUAUAAAGACACCUUUAUUUGGGUUACAGAAAAUAUCCAACUAUAUUCAGACGUCAUGUGCUCUUUAUGGGUGUCAUGCGUUACACCAGUACACGUGACAUGAGGACAAUGAGAUAAUGGUGCUUAAUCCAGAUUCAAGUCAUGAUUAUUACCAGGGAUAAAAUGUCAUCUGGAUGAACUUAGAUCCCAGGAGUUUGGAGAGAACAUCCUAAGCAGCCAGUGGCUGUGUGUUGUGACCUGAGACCUCAAGCUCUACUUUGACAGAACAGAUGUUCUGUGGAAACCAACGGAGGGGUUUAAAACCUGUAUCGGCGUAUCUACUUUGUACUUUGUGUUGUUUAAAAAAAAAAUACAAUAUACUUUUUAUAUCUGCUGUAAUCUCUGAACUUGGCUUGAUAGCACAGGAGGGUGUUUGUGUUGCUUGCUUCAGUAUCAUGCAGAUGUGUCUGUCUCUGUUGUGCGGCGAUGCUGCUUAUUCCUGCAUUUUGAUUCUACAGUCUACUGUAUCUGCCUGCCUUUCUGCAGGACUUCCUGUGUUCUAGGUGGGUGGGUGGGUGGAGGGGGACGCACACAACCCACAAUGCUGAUUGGUAGAUGAGAGAGUGUGUGGGAGAGAAUGGCCUUGCUUACAUUUUUUUAAUUCAAAAACAGUUUGGAUGUUGUUUCUGUUGUUCAUUGUCCUGCUUGUAGAUGCGUAUGUGAAUAAAGCUUUUAGAGCUGUG